UCUGUCUUCUCAGUGUUACAAACCCUAGCCUCCAUAUUUUCCCGCCUCCCAAAUAUAUCAGCAGCCGCAUAUAGUACAGUGAGUUCGAGAUGGCCGGAAAAGGCGAAGGUCCGGCGAUCGGAAUAGAUCUGGGAACCACCUACUCUUGCGUCGGCGUGUGGCAACACGACCGCGUUGAAAUCAUAGCGAAUGACCAGGGGAACAGAACGACGCCGUCUUAUGUUGCGUUUACUGAUACUGAGCGUUUGAUUGGUGAUGCUGCCAAGAAUCAGGUUGCAAUGAAUCCCAUCAACACUGUCUUCGAUGCCAAGAGGUUGAUUGGAAGGAGGUUCUCUGAUGCCUCUGUGCAAAGUGACAUCAAGUUGUGGCCCUUCAAGGUCACCCCUGGACCAGCUGAAAAGCCCAUGAUUACUGUAUCUUACAAGGGUGAGGAUAAGCAAUUUGCGGCAGAGGAGAUUUCAUCCAUGGUUCUGAUUAAAAUGCGUGAGAUUGCUGAGGCCUUUCUGGGUACAACUGUUAAGAAUGCAGUGGUUACUGUCCCUGCAUACUUUAAUGAUUCACAGCGUCAGGCUACUAAGGAUGCUGGUGUCAUUGCUGGCAUUAACGUCCUGCGUAUCAUAAAUGAGCCCACAGCUGCUGCAAUUGCUUAUGGUCUGGACAAGAAGGCUACAAGCGUUGGUGAGAAGAAUGUAUUGAUUUUUGACCUUGGUGGUGGUACCUUUGAUGUAUCCCUUCUUACUAUUGAGGAGGGUAUCUUUGAGGUCAAGGCAACUGCUGGAGACACUCAUCUUGGUGGUGAAGAUUUUGACAACAGAAUGGUUAACCAUUUUGUCCAAGAAUUCAAGAGAAAGAACAAGAAGGAUAUCACUGGAAAUCCCAGGGCUCUCAGGAGGUUGAGGACAUCUUGUGAAAGAGCAAAGAGAACUCUUUCAUCUACUGCUCAGACCACUAUUGAGAUCGAUUCACUAUUCGAAGGUAUUGAUUUCUAUUCAACCAUUACCCGUGCCAGAUUUGAGGAAUUGAAUAUGGAUCUCUUUAGAAAGUGCAUGGAGCCUGUGGAGAAGUGUUUGAGGGAUGCCAAGAUGGAUAAAAGCACUGUUCACGAUGUCGUGCUUGUUGGUGGUUCUACCAGAAUUCCCAAAGUUCAGCAGCUAUUGCAGGAUUUCUUCAAUGGUAAGGAGCUGUGCAAAAGCAUUAACCCUGAUGAGGCCGUGGCUUAUGGUGCUGCUGUUCAAGCAGCUAUCUUGAGUGGUGAGGGUAAUGAGAAGGUGCAAGACCUUCUUCUGUUGGAUGUAACCCCUCUCUCCCUUGGUUUGGAGACUGCUGGAGGUGUCAUGACAACCUUGAUUCCCAGGAACACCACCAUCCCCACCAAGAAAGAGCAGGUAUUCUCUACAUACUCAGACAACCAGCCUGGUGUGCUGAUUCAAGUUUUUGAAGGUGAGAGAACAAGGACAAGGGACAACAACUUGCUUGGAAAGUUUGAGUUAUCCGGCAUCCCUCCAGCUCCCAGAGGUGUUCCUCAGAUCACAGUUUGCUUUGACAUUGAUGCCAAUGGUAUUCUGAAUGUCUCUGCUGAGGAUAAGACAACUGGCCAGAAGAAUAAGAUCACAAUUACCAAUGACAAGGGUAGACUCUCAAAGGAGGAUAUUGAGAAGAUGGUUCAGGAAGCAGAGAAGUACAAGUCAGAGGAUGAAGAGCACAAGAAGAAGGUUGAGGCAAAGAAUGCCUUGGAAAAUUACUCUUACAACAUGAGGAAUACAGUGAAGGAUGAGAAGAUUGCUUCCAAGCUCUCCGCAGAUGAUAAGAAGAAAGUUGAGGAUGCUAUUGAGGAAACCAUCCAAUGGCUCGACACCAACCAGCUAGCCGAGGCAGAUGAGUUUGAAGACAAGAUGAAGGAGUUGGAGAGCAUUUGCAACCCAAUCAUAGCAAAGAUGUACCAGGGUGCAGGCGGUGAAGGUGGAGUUCCCAUGGAUGAUGAUGACAUUCCUUCAGGUGGUGGCAGCAGUGCUGGUCCCAAGAUCGAGGAGGUGGACUAAGUUUAUUGUUGGGUAUUUUAAAUCUACUGUUAAGUUUCCUUUUAUUCAAGACAGUUCAAUGAUCAAUCGUACUAUAUUUGGGUUUUAAGAUGGAUCUUUUGAUUUCCAUCUUCCAAUAUUAUAUCUGCUAGGAUCUUUAUCAUAUGAGAACUUCGUUGAAGUUUUGGGAUGGUUUUUGCCAAAUAUUUUGAGUAUUGCUUGA